ACAGCGGGAUCAAAACACGGAAGUGGGUGCAGUGUGAAGUUGUCAGUGGACUCGAGGAGCUGUCGGACCGUCGAAAUGAACAAUAUUAUAUUAUAUUAAACAGUUCUGAACAUUUAUUAGUUUUUUAUUAACGCGUCGACGUGACGUCAGAGUCUGAAAGAAGCCGUGGUUAAAGUCAGGGGGCGCUCUCGGGGCCGCAGGUAGCUGCUGAUGAUGGCGAAGGUGUUUCGCUGUCCGGCCCGUCAUGGCUACGCUGUGGAAGUAUCUCCGUUCAUCCCCAGCAGAGUGGCCUGCGCUGCCUCCCAGUACUACGGCAUAGCUGGCUGCGGCUCUCUGCUGGUCCUGGAUGAGACGGAGACAGGAGUCACUCUGCUGAGAAGGUGGGAGUGGAGCGACGGCCUGUUUGACGUAGCGUGGAGCGAAACCAACGAGCACGUCAUGGUCGCCGGGGGCGGGGAUGGAAGCCUGCAGCUGUGGGACACAGCCAAUCACAACGCUCCGCUGAGGGUGGCCAAAGAACACACACAAGAGGUGUACGCUGUAGACUGGAGUCAGACCAGAGGAGAGAACCUCAUCGUCUCUGGAUCGUGGGAUCAAACCGCUAAAGUCUGGGAUCCCGCUCUUACCCAAUCACUGACCACGCUCAGAGGUCAUGAAGGGGUCAUCUACAGCACCAUUUGGUCACCUCACAUCCCAGGAUGCUUUGCGUCAGCCUCAG